UUAGAGUACCCUUCCCAUAAACCAUCUCCUGGGUCUUUAUUACAGCCCUCUGAGACAGGGAAGACUCACUUGGAAUCACACACUUAAGCGAGUUGAAGGGACCCUAGCUGUUACUCAGGCCAAUCUCUCACCCAUCCAACAUUCUCCAGGACAACAUCCCUUUCAGGUAAUGCUUUUGUGAACCACAACUUCGAAUAUUCAAGCCAACUGCUCCUAGCAUCGAGGAUAUUUGAAUUCACAUUUGUAUUUGUGUUUUUACAAGAUGAGUCAUAGUAAAUUAAUUCCCAAGCUCUCAAUUAAAUCUCCUGUUCAUCAUGCCAACUUAAAGGUCCAGUCCAGAGAGCCACCUUUUAAGAAGGACUUACAUCUGAUUUCAAAAGAUUCUUUGGAAUCUGAUUCAGGAAGCUUCACUCAAGAGAGUAAGUCCCAGUCUGAACUUGAAGACCAAAUCCAGGACAACAGUAUGGAGCCAGACAGCUUGGAGGAAGAAAGCCCUCAACAGGAAAGCCUGAGUGAGACAGAAGAGGAAACAAGCAGAAAAGUAGCUCAGAAGAAUGGCAAGGAGAACGUCCGUACCCAGAACAAUGGCAUAGACAACAGCCAACGACCACUAGAAGAUAAAUAUUCAGACCUCCGAUAUGACCCAAACUGGAAGAGUAAGAAAGAAGAGGGGAAGUUGCUGACUAUGGAUGCAUUGCCAGAAUCUGUAAACAGCUCUCCUGAAAAUCUGACUUUGGAUCCAUUGUACCCUUCCAAGGAAACGUCAAUGGAACUCUCAGAGGAAAAAGGGGAACCCAAGAGUAGCCCACAGAGUGCUGCCUCCUUACUUGGCAGUGAAUUUUUAAGCCCAAACUAUGAGCGUGGUGCCCAUCACAGCCAGCCAUUUUCAGAGCUGAGCGACAGUGAUUUGGGGGAGAAGUCAAGCAACCUCUCUCGGUACCUGAAGAGUUCAAGUUCCCAUAAUGAGGUUUUCCUGCCAGGAUCACGUGGCCCUCGGCGAAGGAAGUCCAAACAAUAUUUUGUGGAAAAAAACAAGCUGACUUUGGGAUUACCUACUCCUAAAACCGACUCUUAUCUUCAACUUCACAAUAGAAGAAGAGGGGAAAUUCUCCCAGAACAGAUCUACCCCAUCAGUGCAACUGACAAGACAUCCAUUCAGAAUGCCAAAGAGAUGGAAAAUGCUGCCAUCAAUCCUGAAGACAAAUGGCAUCAAAGAGCCCAACAGCUAAAGAAUUAUCAGGAACACUUGUCUCAAUAUGAAAGUGCAAAAUCAAACAGCGUACCAAGAGGUCAAUCUUCUGAAACAACAAAUGGCCAGCAACCUUCCAGAAGACCAACCAAGCACAAGAUUCGAAACCAGCAUAAACGCCCGCGUGGCCGGAAGUCUUUGGUGACUGAAGAGCUGGCUGUCAGUCACAGAAACCAGAAGGGCACUCCCAGGCAGCAACAAAAUCAAAAUAAGCCUACCGAGACUUCAAUAAAGCAUGAAACAAUUGGAAUUAUGAAUGCGCCUAACAAUGAUUUACAACACUCAAGUGCACUUAGGAGCCAGGAUCCCACAGUAACCUCCAAUAAAUUUGCUCCACCACAGCAGGCUUUUGACAAUGUGUUGUACAAAAACCCUACUGGAUAUCACUCGGUGAAUGUUAAGAAAGAAAGAGGACACAAAGGCCAGGGAGAGAAGAGACUGUCACAACAGCAGCUACACGUCAACACUCUUUCCCAUGUGGACUUGAACUACCUCCAUGAGCUUACUCAGAGACCAGUGCCCCUGAGCCAGAAGGGCUCCUGGUCUGUUCCUAACAUAAACAUUAAUGGAUCGAAGGAAAAGAAGCAGCAACCCAAUCAGGCUUACGCAGAAACAAAAUAUAAGAACUUAGAAAUACUAUGGAAAUUCCAUUCUUCCUUGGACAGCCAACCUGUUAGAGCUUCUCCAGAUUCACAGCUCAAUCAGAUAAUGGAGCAGCACCAGCAAGCCUUAAUACAGCUGACCGAGGUGCAGCCCAGUGAAGGGGCCUCAUCCAGCAUCACACUUCCACCUAUAUUGUCAAGGGUAGAAAGUGAAUCCCAACUCAGUUCAGAGAGAAGCCAAAGACACCCAGUGAAAAUUAGCCGCAGCAAUUCCGAAGGCUAUCUGCUUCAACUGGAAAAAGGAAGAAAGCACAGGAGAAGCAGCCACAUCAAGAGCUCUAAGCUGAAAGGUUAUCAGAAAAGAGACAUGAAGCUUGGAGGCCUUGGACCUGACCUCGAGUCCAUCAGAGAGAAAAUGCAGAAAUUAACCCAAAAAAAGGAAUAUGCGAAACAAAUUAAGGAGUAUAACAUGAAGACCCUAUCCAUUCUGUCAAAACCACAAACAGCAAAAACUGAAAGUAAAUCUACCGUCCCUCGGCAGAAGGCUUUGGAGUAUGCUAAGACCAUCCCCAAACCCAAACCUCCAAGUCUGACUGAUCCAGCAUCAAAGGAAAAGAAAAAUCCCACCUAUGCUCGAAAAGAAGACACCCUGCCUGAAAUCUCACUGCUUGAAAUACUGCAGAGCAGACACGAAAGAGAAAAACAGGCUGUGGCUGCUUUCAAAGUCCUUCACAUUGUAUAGACAACACAUUUGUCAGAGACCAAAAAUGCCCAGGGACUGGACGUAGAGAAAAAACUCCAACCAACCUCUCUACCUAGAGAGGGAUGACACUCUGUCCUCUCGCUGCAGUUCACAUUUGCUUUGUACAGAAUUUAAAAUAUGGGGACCUUAUCACAUUACAGGGCUAUAUUUUACUUUCUAGGAAGAUUUUUCUAUUAUUAUUUUCAAAUCAGAAUUUGGGGCCGAAUAAGGACUAGGGAAUAAAGUCUUUUAGUUUCAUACUGGAUCUUUUAAUUUCUUAAAAAAUCUCUACCCUUCCUUGCAUAAUGAAAACUUUGAAGAGACCCAGCAAAAAAAAAAAAAUUGUAUCUAACUUCUCUCUUACCUUCAUGAUAAGGAAAGAAAAAAGUAUAAACACUUCAGUUUCGAAUUAAGUGAAUGUAACCUGGACUAACUGCUAGUACAUUUGGAGAUACUGUUUCCAAAAUAGUUCUAAAAUCCGAAAACUUAAAAAGUAAAAUCUCUAAAUUUAGCAAAGGGUUUAUAUAUAAAAUUGAAAACAUGAAAGCAUAUUUAGCUUUGCCUAUUCAAGUAUAACAUACCCCAAUGUUGUUCUAACAGAGCAUCGAGACAUAAAUUAGAAAUCCAACAAGUCCAGAAACAUCCACUCAGGAAACUCUGAGUGAUACACCUUCUCAAAGCUACUUGCUCCAAGUAUGUAAAUAUGCCAGGCAUCUUGCCAUCACAAACAUCUUAAAAUAUUACCACAUCUGUGCUUUCUCACACACACACACACACACACACACACACACACACACACAAUGUUAGGUAAGAUGAGAAAGCAUUCCAUACUUUAGUACUGAGUGUCAAUAAUAAUUUUUUUUAUUUUUUCAUCUUUUGAAACUGAUUAAACACUGUAAAAUUAUCAAGUCUUAAACUAAUUGUUGAAGAACUUAAUUUUUUCUUGUUUAUAUUAGACAGGCAUUGCAUUCUUUGAGAGCCAUAUCCUGAAAUGGGCAGUUUUAACACUAAUUUAAGGAAAAUUUUGUUUACCUAUACAGGCGGCAUAAGAACCAGCUUUGGAGAGUUAGCCCUUUGUUACAAAUAUUUUACAUAAACCAUGAUGUGGUAUAAAAGCUACCAGCACAUAAUUUUCUCUUAAACUAGAAACAAUUAGAAUUGAAAGUCUGGGGGAAAAAAAUCACACAUAUCUGAAGAUAAAUAAUAAAUUUAUCUAUAGUAAAUCAUGUUUCUGUAGUAUUUUGAAAAUUAUAUCAUAUGUGAAGCACGACUUUGGGAAAAUCAUAGCCCAAACUGCUCCUAAGAUGUAUUUGUAAAAGAAGAGGACCCUUCAUGGUACAUGGUGAAGACUUUUCUAGAAACUUAAGAAUUAUUCUUUUUUCCAAACAGCCUUAAAUUUAAACUUACUCUGGAAGAUUAAUGCAUAUAGAGACAUUUCCAAAUUUAAAUGGACAGAGCAAAUUUUUAAAGUAUUGCAUUUCUAUUAGAGUACCUUCAAAAAAUUCAGAUCUUGGAGUGGACUUAUCUUGUUCACCUAAUUUUUCAGAAAAGGAAAUGGAGAUCAAGGUCAGAUAAAUGACUCGAUGUCUGUCCGUCGGCGUACUGAUAGUAAUGGGAGAAGGAGUUAGCCAAGUCUCAACUUCAGCCUUUCAACACCAAGGACAGCGCUCUUUGAUUAUUUGUAGAAAGGGGUAGUUUUUGUUUUCCGUGUGGGAAAGGAGCAUGUUAUUACCAUGAACUUCCAUUUUGGAUGUGAACUCCCAUUGUUUCAGUUUUAGAAAUAUGCAUUACUACAUACUUGAUCGUAUUUUAACACAAUCUGGCAAUUUCAUAACUACAUUGUUAAAGUCAAAAGAGACACACAUGAAGUAGCUCAGAUGUUGACUAGUGAAAAACACUUUCGUUUUUGAACAUUUAAAAAACCCUCUCCCUAACCAUUUCCUUGGUAGCUAAGCACUGUUAAAUCCUUCAAUCCCUUCACGCAGUGUCAAGAAACACACUUCGCUGAAGCAGGUGGCACAAUUCAGUCUGUGUCAAACAUUUCACAGAAUCUAUUUCCAAGGCAAGUCUGUACCAUCCAGUAUAUAAACCAUAGAACAUCACAAUUCUUUGUCCAAAAAUAUUGAAAGUGACAAGUGGCAUCUAAAAGGGCUGUAGCUACAGAAAUAGAACAUAUUUGCUAAAAGCUGGGGGUUGAGAUCAAAGAAUGAACCAAAAUAAGCCUUUGGGCCCACCUGGUAAGAUCUAGCAAAUCACUAAGCUACAAUGAUACUAUGACAGCACAGAGAUUCUGUAGAAACAGUGAAUGACAAAUACUUCUUUGCUCCUCCUUGAAAAUAAAUAGUACCAAUAGCAACAAUAUUGAUCUUCUGUAGACCUAAGUGGAUCAGUGAUCAAUUUUUACAGUAUUUCUGCUUCAGAUAUUCAAGAAGUAAACAAUCUGCAUAUCAGAAAGCAAGGGACUUUAAACCUGAGUGAUAGAAUGAUAGAGGGCCUGCAUUUGACCAGAUGUUCUAUAUGCCCAAUGAAAGACAGAGGGCCUAAUCUGCCUAAUUUCUGUGAACUCAUGUAAAUAAAGGCCCUUAAAACACA